GUGUGUGGUGGCGGCGGUGUCAGACAGGUGCGGCGCUCUCCACUGUCUCUAUCAGAGUACCUGCAGCUCAGUCUGGAAGAGGCCUUCUUCUUGGUCUACAGUCUGGGCUGUCUGUCUGUCUACCUGCACCAGGAGCCGCUGUCAGUCGUUCAGCUGUGGAGGAAGUUCCGGUCGUGGCAGCCGGACUUCGUCAGCUCGUUCUCAGCCUAUCAGCACCUCCGAAGCAGGGGGUGGGUCCCAAAGGAAGGGGGCGGGGCCAAAUACGGCGUCGACUUCAUGUUGUACAGGAAAGGACCGCCCUUCUACCACGCCAGUUACUCCGUCGUUGUUGAGCAGGUUGAUGAUGUGUACAGGGGCGCGGCGUUGCGUCCGUUUUCGUGGCGUUCUCUGGCAGCUCUCAGUAGGAUCACCUCCAACGUCUCCAAGGAGCUGAUGUUUUGUUACAUCGUCUAUCCACCCGACCUAUCAGACGCAGAGCUGGACUCACCUGUCUGUCUGAGCAGACUGAAGGUUCAGGAAGUGAUCGUCAGUAGAUGGGUCUCCUCCAGAGAGCGAGCAGAGCCGGACGACAUCUGACUGAUGUCACUGAGGGACUCACUGAUGAUUCACUAGAGUCAGAAAGAAGACAACAGAAAGAUGAAGUGAUCGAUUAUUCAUUUAUUCAUUCAUCUGUUCAUUCAUUUAUUCAUUCAUUCAUCCUUUCUGUCAAUCUGAAGUCGUAGUUCAGAGUAAAGAAGGAAAACUGAA